AUGCAGUGCUUCGGGGAUGGCUGGAGAUGCUGGAGCACCCUUGCGGCGAGUUGCCGUCGGCUCCUCGCUGCGCAAGCUGUCGAGGCUCCGGCCAAUGUUGCAGGAGCCGAGCCACGCUCCGGAGGCAAAAGGUCUCAGAAGAAAAAGGCACAGGCCUUGGGCAACCAGACAUCUCUGGGCUUCUGCGCUGACACUGUUGGGACGACCCAGGCAUGGCCGAUGUGGGAGAGUUUUUGUGUGCAGGUCGGCGUGGACCUAGUGGGCAGGGCAGUGAUGUUUCGCCUGGGGGCCCCGCUCGCCCUGCUGGGCCUGCUCCUUCCUGCUGCGUCGCUUCCCUUCGCCGAAGACGACGAGUGCAACGGCAGCGACGGCUCCGAGUGUGCCUUGCAGGCUUUGCAAAGACGCGCGGUGCAAGGUGAGUCUUCUUCCGAAGUCUCCCUGGAAGAAUCUAACAGCAGCUUCCUCUACUGCCACGAAAGCUGUUGGUUGAAGUAUGGCUUUGUGAAAGGAGACUGCAGAUGCGAUCGGCACAGAGGUUGGUAUAUGUGGAUAUGCUGGAAGCGGAACGGGGUGCGCAUUAAGCCGGAGUACGGCCAUCAGUUCAACUGUCAUGGCCUGACACAUGCGGCCCCCGCGCCACCCCCACCACCCCCACCAAAGGAGUAUACGUCCUCCUACAAUCCUAAGUACCGCGUGAGAAACCCAGCGCUGGUGAACGCCAGUACUGCUCCGCUCAUGACGUUCCAUCUCUACCGGGUUCAAAGUGAUGCCAACUAUAGCUGUUGUGCAAAUGCUGACGUGACGACGGCUGGUGCAGCCAUGUUCUAUUUGCACAACGAGAUCGUCUGGCAUGCCAAGUCGCGAGCUGGUACGAAUUUUGCAGACCCGAAAACGCGAAUUCGUCGGUACAAAGUGUGGACGCGAGCCACACAGCCGUUGUACGACCUCGGCAUGAACUUCGGCGUUAUGAACGAGUUCGACAUUACAGAGUGCACUGGCCCCUUCGAUUGCGAGAACUUUAAGCGCUUUGGGUACACGGUUGGCUGCGAGAACUGGGUUGAAGGAUCAGCUGCGAACUUCCCACAUCAGAAGUGGAACAAGUUGAACUUCUAUCCGAAUGCUGCAUGGUUCAGCUUGCCGGGCCCAUGCCCCUUCGGCAAGCUGGACGCGAAAAGUGCAAGCUGCAAGGCCUCUCAGCCGGGUGGCCAGUGUCCCGAGGGUAUUCUCCCAGAUGGAUCAGGAGACUGCACCUACCAAAUCGCUCCUGCUGGAGAGAUCCGCAUCGAUGACUUGGUCGGCAUCACAGAGGAGACUGGCAACUAUGCCAAUUUCAUCAAGGUCGGCGGACGCGAAUACGAUCCAGUCAUCGACCAGGGUGUCCACUUGAACUUCUGGGACGGACGGUUUGAUGCAAUGCUUUGUGAAUGGCGGACCAAGAAGCUGGAAGACAUGUUUGCAAAGAAGUAUCCGGACGAUCCAACCAUCGAAGCGCCGGAGUGUGACUUCAACAAGUGGAAGUUCUAUCACGGCACUUCGCACAAGCCGUGA